AUGACUUCCAAAUUAAAUUUAUUAAUAACAAUAAUUUCAUUUUAUUUACUUAAUACAAUUAAAUCUGCUCCUCGUCGACAACAGCAACAUGUUCAGUUAGCUGAGCAACCAACAGAAGAUGGUAUAACUCCAGAAAUAAAUGUUGAACAACCUGCAUAUAUAUCAGAACGCCCCGAUCUUGAAAUAUUAAAUUUUUUGGUAAAUCAAAUGUCAAUAUUACAAGAUGAGAGACUUGAAAAUUUUAUAAAUUUAUUAAAAAUAAUCAGAAAAAAUAAAAAGGAUGUAUUAGAAUUAUUUAAAAGUCAAGGAAUGUUCAAUCAACUUUUUGAAUUUGUCGAGGCUAAUUUGAAAAGGAUUCAGCCAGAAAAGAAAAAAUCGGAAAAGAAAAAUACAAAAUCUUGGUCUGAAGCGUUGAUAGAACUUAAACGAAACGGAUUCGAGCGAGUAUUAGAAUCUAUCGACAUUUGUCAAAAUUUGGAAAACUCAGUUUUCCGCCAAGCACUAAUUGGCUAUUGUAUUCAAGAAGUUAAAACUAAAUGUGAAACAAUGUUUGAAGCAGCCAAGAUUCCAAUAAAAGUGAAUUUGGACAAUUCGAUAAAUUUGACUGAUAAAAUCUUUGAUGAUCAGGAAUUGGAAAAUGUAGUUUUUGGAAAGAAAAGGAAGAAUUGGCUUUCCUUCUUGGACAAGCUCAAAGGCUCGAAAGUUUUGAGUAGAGCAUCCUCUUCGUCGUUAUCUUCAGUCUCUUCAAAUUUGUCGUGUUUGAGUGUCAAGGAUUUGGAUCUGGGGGAAACUACUAAUGAAUAA